GUCGCUCCACGGAGGGUGUUGAACAUGGCAGUGUGGAUCCAGGCCCAGCAGCUCCAGGGAGAUGCUCUCCACCAGAUGCAAUCUCUGUACGGGCAGCAUUUCCCCAUCGAAGUGAGACAUUAUCUCUCCCAGUGGAUCGAGGGCCAGCUUUGGGACAAUAUCGACUUGGAGAACCCACAGGAGGAGUUCAAGGCCAAACGCUUGCUGGACAGUCUGAUCCAGGAGCUGCAGAACAAGGCGGAGCACCAAGUGGGCGAGGACGGCUUCCUGCUGAAAAUUAAACUGGGACACUAUGCCAGCCAGCUCAAGAGCACGUAUGACCGGUGUCCUCUGGAGCUGGUGCGCUGCAUCAAACACAUCCUCUACACGGAGCAGCGGCUCGUCAGGGAGGCCACCAAUUCGAGCUCCCCGGUCGGCGGCCUGAUGGACAGCAUGUCUCAGAAGUACCAGCAGAUCAACCAAGCCUUCGAGGAGCUCCGUCUGCUGACCCAGGACACGGAGAACGACCUGCGCAAGCUCCAGCACAACCAGGAGUAUUUCAUCAUCCAGUACCAGGAGAGCCUCCGCAUCCAGGCCCAGCUGUCCAGCCUGGCCACACUGCCCCCUGCUGACCGACAGUUACGAGAGCCCACCCUCCUGAGCAAGAGAGCCACAGUGGAAGCAUGGCUGACCAGGGAGGCCAACACACUACAGAAGUACAGACUGGACUUGGCAGAGAAGCACCAGAAAACACUGCAGAUGCUGAGGAAGCAGCAGACCAUCAUCCUGGACGACGAGCUGAUCCAGUGGAAGAGGCGGCAACAGCUGGCGGGCAACGGUGGCCCCCCAGAGGGGGGCCUGGACAUCCUGCAGUCCUGGUGCGAGAAGCUGGCGGAAACAAUCUGGCAAAACAGGCAGCAGAUUCGGAGGGCGGAGCAUCUACGACAACAACUCCCCAUCCCCGGUCCUAUUGAAGAACUACUCAAUGAACUCAACAGCACCAUUACAGAUAUCAUCUCAGCCUUGGUCACCAGCACCUUCAUCAUUGAGAAGCAGCCCCCACAGGUGCUAAAAACCCAGACCAAGUUCGCCGCCACCGUGCGCCUCCUGGUGGGCGGCAAGCUGAACGUGCACAUGAACCCGCCGCAGGUCAAGGCCACCAUCAUCAGCGAGCAGCAGGCCAAGGCGCUGCUGAAGAACGAGAACACCAGGAACGACAGAAGCGGAGAAAUCCUCAACAACAACUGCGUGAUGGAGUACCACCAGACGGCGGGUACGCUUAGCGCCCACUUCAGGAACAUGUCCUUGAAGGGAAUCAAACGGUCGGACAGAAGAGGAGCGGAAUCGGUCACCGAGGAGAAGUUCACAAUUCUCUUCGAGUCGCAGUUCAGCGUCGGAGGCAAUGAGCUGGUCUUCCAAGUGAAGACGUUGUCGCUGCCGGUCGUGGUGAUCGUGCACGGUAGCCAAGACAAUAACGCCACGGCCACCGUGUUGUGGGACAACGCCUUUGCCGAGCCGGGCCGCGUUCCAUUCCUGGUGCCGGACAAGGUGCUGUGGCCUCAGCUGUGCGAGGCUAUUAACAUGAAGUACAAAGCGGAGGUGCAGAGCAACCGCGGCCUCUCCGACGAGAACCUGGUUUUCCUCGCUCAGAAGGCCUUCAGCAGCUCCAGCACCUGUGUGGAAGAAGACCGAAACAUGACGAUGACCUGGUCGCAGUUUAACAGAGAAAGCUUACCCGGCAGGAACUUCACAUUUUGGCAGUGGUUUGACGGCGUAAUGGAACUAACAAAAAAGCACCUGAAGCUGCACUGGAACGACGGAGCCAUACUAGGCUUUGUGAACAAGCAGCAGGCUCAGGACAUGCUGAUGUCCAAGCCCAACGGCACCUUUCUCCUGCGUUUUAGCGACUCGGAAAUCGGAGGCGUCACAAUCGCGUGGGUGGCGGAAAAUCCCAACAAAGCAGGUGAGAGAAUGGUGUGGAACCUCAUGCCCUACACAACCAAAGACUUCACGAUCCGCAGUCUCGCCGACCGCAUCAGCGAUCUCAACCAUUUGUUGUUCCUCUACCCGGACCGUCCCAAGGAUGACGUCUUCUCGAAAUAUUACACCCCCCCGCUGUCCAAAGCGGUGGACGGAUACGUGAAGCCGCAAAUCAAACAAGUGGUUCCUGAGUUUACAACAUCCAAUCCAGAUCCAACAAGCGGGAAUCCAACCUACAUGGACCCCGGCGCCUCCCCCGCCGCUAUCAGCCACCCGCACACCUACGGCAUGUACCCUCCGAUGAGCGACUCCAUGCUGGAUGCUGACGGCGACUUCGACCUGGACGACACCAUGGACGUGGCGCGGCACGUGGAGGAGCUACUGCGGCGGCCCGUGGAGAGCCACUGGGGGGGCCAGCAAGGGCGCCCAUCUGACACCCAUAUCCUGACCUGCACCACCCCCUGCCCCCAUCCUGGUGGCCCCCCCCUCCAGAGCAUGGUGUCCUCGUCGCGCUCGGGCUCGCCAGUCUUGAAUUUGUCCCGCGGAUGCACGCCGAAGACGAGAAGACAGUCCAACCAGCAGAAGUGGAUCAGUAGUCCCGUCCAGCUCUUCGGAACCAGACCAGCACGGACAACAGGACGCGGAGACCAAAGUGGGGAGGACAGGACGGUGCGGAACCUCCGGACCUCUUCUUCCGACUAUAGAGGGCUUGCAGGCUGUGACACCGCGGAGCUGCGAACCAUGGCGGGGCUCCACGCUUCUUCGGAUCCGUCGGGACAUUUUUUGGACUUGAACCGGCCCACCGCCGCCGUCGCCGCUAUGGCCGCGGGGCUCGGCGGGGACACGGCGGCUCUGCCUCCGGCCGGCACGCGUCCAUACCUGGAGGUGUCCGCCGGCGCUGCCCGGGGCUACGAGGGAGUUUACAGCAACGGGCGCUACCGGGAACACGGCAGCCCGACUGUGGGCGCUGGCAGCCGGGAUCCGUCCUCGGAGAGGAGCCAGGGAGGAGCGAACACACCUUGCGGCAUCAUGAAGGACGGAUCCAAGCAGAGACAGGCGAGGAAAAAGACGGUCUCCUUCAGUUCGAUGCCGAGCGACCGCAAGAUCAACAGCACGGCGGCCUGCAUGGCUUUCAUGAUGGAGGGCUGCGAGAUGAAAAAAGUGCGCUCCAACUCUCGCAUGUACAACCGAUACUUCCUGCUGGAUCCGGACAUGCACUGGCUCCGCUGGGAACCUUCCAAAAAGGACUCCGAGAAAGCCAAACUUGAGAUAAAAAGCAUUAAGGAAGUCCGAUUAGGGAAAAAAACGCCGGUUCUUCGCAGUAAUGGCCUCUCGGAUCAAUUCCCGGAUGAAUGCGCUUUCUCGAUUAUCUACGGGGACAACUACGAGUCGCUGGAUUUGGUUGCCAGUACACCUGACGUCGUCAGCACUUGGGUGAUGGGUCUGAGAUAUUUAGUCUCUUAUGGCCGACACACCGUAGACGUCGUGGAGUCCAGCCAACCCAGUCUACGAACAUCUUGGAUUAGCUCCGUGUUUGAGCUAGCGGACAUGGAAAAAGAAGGACACAUCGAUCUUUUCAGAGCCACUCAGAUUAUUAAAGGUCUGAAUCCUGGAAUGAAAGAAUCGAGGAUCGAACUGAAGUUCAAGGAACUCCAGAAAGAAAAAGACGAAUACGGAGAAGCAAUCAACAUGGAUACUUUCGUGGAAGCUUACUGCGAGUUGUGCACACGUCCGGAAAUUUUCUUCUUAAUGAUGCAGUUCUCCAGUAACAAGGAGUACCUGGAUUGUAAAGACCUGAUGCUCUUUGUGGAGGUGGAACAAGGUGUAGAAGGCGUAACGGAGAACAUGUGCAGGGAUAUCGUUCUAAAAUACGAACCGUCGUCGGCGGGAAGGGAUAAAAUCUACCUCUCCAUCGACGGCUUCACGCACUACCUCCUCUCCUCCGAGUGCCACAUCUUCGACCCCCAGCACAAACGAGUGUGCCAGGAUAUGACCCAACCUUUAUCGCACUACUACAUCAACUCCUCGCAUAACGCCUCGCUUUUAGAAGACCACUUCUGGGGAUCGUCGGAUAUCAGCAGUUAUAUCCGUGUUCUCAGAAUGGGAUGUCGCAGCAUCGAGGUCAUCGUGUGGGAUGGUCCCGAUAACGAACCGGUGGUCUAUGUGGGUAGUUCGGUGGCGUCGCAACUUGUGUUCUCUAAAGUUCUCGAUAUCAUCAAUCAAUACGCGUUUGAGAGCUCCGAGUAUCCGCUUAUUCUUUGCUUGGUGGCUCAUUGCUCCGUUCCUCAGCAGAAGGUCAUGGCUCAACACAUGAAGAAGAUCCUAGGAGAUAAGCUUUUUAUUGAUUCCCCUAAUAAGAACGAAAAUUAUUUACCCUCUCCUGAGAAACUCAAGGGUAAAAUUCUCGUUAAGGGUAAAAGGCUGGAAUUGAGCUGCACUGACCUCGAAGGUGACGUAACAGAAGAAGAAGAAGGUUUAGAGAUGUCCAGAAGACUGGGAGUCGAUGACAGGGACCAUGUUAACGGCUUAAGUUAUAAAAGACUCCGACUCUGCAAGGAGCUCUCUGACCUUGUAUCUCUUUGCAAGUCGGUCCAAUUCCGAGAUUUCGAGACCUCAAAAAGGGAACAAAAAUACUGGGAAAUUUGUUCCUUUAACGAAGUGGAUGCUAACAGGUUUGCUAACGAGUUCCCGGAAGAGUUUGUCUGCUACAAUAAGCGAUUUCUCUCCAGAGUCUACCCAACCCCGAUGAGGAUCGACGCCAGUAAUAUGAACCCUCAAGAUUUCUGGAAGUGCGGUUGCCAGAUUGUGGCAAUGAACUACCAAACACCCGGACUCAUGAUGGAUCUCAAUUUGGGUUGGUUCCGUCAAAACGGGAACUGCGGGUACGUUUUGCGGCCAGAAAUCAUGAGAGAGGAGGUGUCGUACUUCAGCGCGAAUGCUCGAGAUUCCUUACCAGGGGUGUCCGCUCAGCUUCUUCAUAUUAAGGUGAUAAGCGGGCAGAACCUACCCAAACCCCGCGGCUCUGCGGCUAAAGGCGACGUAGUGGAGCCGUACAUAUACGUGGAGAUCCACGGCAUCCCUGCGGAUUGUGCCGAGCAAAGAACCAAGACCAUGUCCCAAAACGGCGACAACCCAAUAUUUGACGAGAGCUUUGAAUUCCAGAUUAACUUACCCGAAUUGGCGGUUUUGCGUUUUGUCGUUCUGGAUGACGACUACAUCGGGGAUGAGUUCAUCGGUCAGUACACAAUCCCGUUUGAGUGCCUGCAACCCGGCUACAGGCAUGUCCCAUUACAGUCUCUGACGGGCGAGUUCCUACCCAAUACCACGCUGUUUGUCCACGUGGCCAUCACCAACAGGCGAGGUGGAGGGAAAGCCCACAAGAGAGGGAUAUCCGUCAUGAAGGGGAGGAAAGCACGGGAGUACACCAACACCAAGACCACCGGGAUCAAAGUGGUCGAUGAACUUUUCAGAGCUUCUACUCAGCCGCUUAGAGAAGCCACGGACCUCAGAGAAAAUGUACAGAAUGCUAUGGUGUCCUUCAAGGAGCUCUGCGGUCUGACGCCUGCAGCCAACAUGAAGCAGUGCAUCCUGACCGUGUCAACAUGGCUGAUGAACAGCGAGCGCUCUCUGCAAGUGACGGUGGACCUGAGUGAAACCUACCCCACCAUGGAGGCUCAAGGGCUUGUGCCGGAGCUCCUUCGCAAGGUUCUCAAUGCCUACGACAUGAUGAUCCAAACCAGCAGAACACUGAUCGAGUCCGCUGAUGUGGUCUACUCCAAGCUGGUGCAAGCACAGCGUGCAGGUCUGGACUUCCACGAGGACCUCCAUCGCAUCGGCGCAAAAGAAGGUCUGAAAGGUCGUAAGCUUCAGAAGGCCAUGGAGAGCUACGCGUGGAACAUCACGGUUCUCAAGGGCCAAGCGGACCUGUUGAAGCACGCAAAGAGCGAGGCCCUAGACACCCUGCGUCAGAUCCACUGCGCGGCUCAAUCCUGUGGCCUCAGUAAGAACGGAGCCUCCUCCCCUCAGCCGCAGCCUCUUCAUCUCCACCACCAUCACCACCACCAGCUCCACCCUCUCCAGACACAACAGCAUCACCCUCAGGCCAAGACCCCUUCACUGAUGCCCCAGUCUCAGACUCAAUCCCAGAUCGGACCUCCUCAUUCCCCGCUCACACCCCUCCCUCUGCUUCAAAGUGUUCCAAAACCCCCAGCGUAUAAUCCUCCACCGGAUCUACCCCAGUUCCAUAGAGCGGCCAGACCUAUGGACUCCAUCUUGGAGAAGGAAGCGUUCAGCAGUGAUGCCGCGGGAACCUGCUGACCCGCAGCCUGUAUCCACAGAGACGCCAAGGGAACGGACGAGGGAGAAAGUAUGGAGGAAGCGGCGAGCGAGGACGGUAAAGAAAAGGCUGAGGAGAUGAUGAUGAUGAUGAUGAUGAUGGCGACGGCGAGGAAGGGUCGUCGCGUGAGAAGCGAGACGCAGGUUUGAAAGGUUAGCGUGGGAGAGAGAGCUGACAAAGACGAUGAGAUCAGAUUGUCCGUCGUCAUGCAUUUGCAUUUUAGUCCAUGUCCACACAGACACGCGUGUUUUCAGACGCGUGUUUUUUUUUCCACAGGGAAUGACGAGUCUCGUUUGUUUCUCUUUUAUAUAUUUUUUUAUUACCAUAAAACAUGAAAAGGCUGUGCAGGCCAUGUCAUAUUUUGGCAUCAUUAAUUAUCACUAAAGGCAAGUUGUAAACAUAACAUACUGUAUAAAAAAAAUAGAAAAAAAUUGAAAAAAUAAUCAAUAAAUGACAAAAACUUUUGUAAUUAAUUGAUUUUUUUUUUUUUAUUUAUUAUUAUUGAUUUUUAAUUUUGUAAUUGUAAUUUUUGUAAUUAGCUAACAUUUGGUAAAAACGUAUAUUCAUUCAUUCAUUUUCUACCACUUAUCCUCACGAGGGUCACGGGGGGGGUGCUGGAGCCUAUCCCAGCUGUCUUCUUGGGGCAAGAGGCGGGGUACACCCUGGAGGGUGAGGCCUGCUCGCUAACCACUCGACCGCCGUGCGGAUAUUUUACUAGUUAGAGCGUCGAAAAUGUGUUUACUACCUCCUAAAUAUGGCUUUUAACACUAUUAGAGCCCUCUAGACAUGAAAUAACACCCCUAUAGUCACCUUUAGACUUUCAUUCAUUCAUUUUCUAAAGCUUAUCCUCACGAGGGUCAUGGGGGGGUGCUGGAGCCUAUCCCAGCUGUCUUCUUGGGGCGAGCGGCGGGGUACACCGUGGACUGGUGGCCAGCCAUUCACAGGACACAUAUAGACAAACAACCAUUCACACUCACAUUCAUACCUAUGGACAAUUUGGAGUCGCUAAUUAACCUAGCAUGUUUUUGGAAUGUGGGAGGAAAUCGGAAUACCCGGAAAAAAAAAACACGCAUGCACGGGGAGAACAUGCAAACUCCACACAGAGAUAGCCAAGGGUGGGAUUGAACCCGGGUCUUCUAGCUGUGAGGUCUACGCGCUAACCACUCCCCUGCCGUGCAGCAUCAAAACGUAUAGCGAAUCUAAAAUUUGAUGAAUGCGAAAUUCUAGGAAUCUAGUAUUAGUAGUACAUAUGUAGUAUUGUGGUCACUAGACAUCAGUACUGUUACACCGAUGAGAUACAACAAUAUGCCGUGUCAGCCAUGGCAUGUCCGAUAUGACAUAGUAAAGUUCUCCUCCCAUUCCGUGUGGAAGUGGUUGUUUUUGUGACACUUCUUACAUGUGUUGUUUAACUUAAAUAAUGAUUUGGAGUGCAUGAAAAAACACAGGUCUUCUUGACCAUAUGGUUAUUAUUAAAAAAAUAAGUAUAUUACAACAAGACAGCAGCAACAGAAUAAUACUAGAUACUAGCAUUAAUACUGCGUAAUACUGCGUUGUAACAUGCAUGACUUCCACACCCACUGCGGACAUUUUAAUGCGCAUGCAGAGGUAGAUAAAGCUGCCAGUAAAUGCCAGUGUUUUUUUUUUUUUGACCAAGGCGGUUGGUUUUCAGAUUACAAUUGAAUGCAUCACAUAAUCAGUUCCCAGUUCCACAUGUCCAAAAAGGAGUAGGAAGAAGCAAAGCUUAUUAAAUCCUACCCCUCAAUUUGGUACUUUUAUAAUCAGUAACUGUUACAUUUGUUCACUUCCUGCUUUCCUAAUAUAGUUUUUUUUAUUUUAAUUAAAUUUAUUUUAAUUUUAAUUUUUCUAACACACAUUUAAAUGAAUAGAGACUUUAAUUGGAGAAUGUGUGAUUAUUUUUUUUUGUGUGUGUUUUCCUCGAAUGCAACCCAACGGUUGGGCGUCACAGCGCCACCUGUUGCCAUGGCUACCAAAUGCACUGCCUCGCGUCAUUUUUUUUUUUAAUCAAAUACCGGUGCCUGUGUGGACGUCGCUUUAGUUUCAUGUUCCUCGUUGUCUUCUUCAGCUCUCUCCAAAGUUCUCCCUUGUCUCUCCAUCUUGGAGCGACACUUUUUUUUUUUUU